GUCCUCUCCUAACCCAUCUUGCAGUGUCCGUCUCCGCCCCCGGGCCUUUUUGAAGAUACUACCAAUGGGAAACCACCAUUCUGCUAGUAGGCGGGGCAAAUAAGUCCCCGCCCCCGAAUCUUCGGCCAAUGGGCAGAAAGCGUGGGCUGGCGCUUGGGGGCUGCUGUCUGAUUUCGGAAACAGAAUGAAGAGCCCGGGGACCGGGGGCUGCGCAGUGCGCGCCGCGCUCCUGCUGCUAACUGCUGCUGCUGCUGCUGCUCCUCCUCUCCCUAGGUCCUGUUGCUGCUGCUGCUGCUGCUGCCGCUGCCGCUGCUGCUGCUGCUUGUCCCUCGCGGUACAGCCAGGCCGGCCCUGCGCUGCUCUCCCGCGGCGGCAGCGGCGGCUGCAUUUCGGUGCCGAGUCCGAGACAGCCGGAGCGGUCAGAUAAGUGGGCAGGCAGGCGAACGGUCAGGCAGCAUGGCGGUAGAGGAAGAGGGGCUUCGCGUCUUCCAAAGCGUGAAGAUCAAAAUAGGAGAAGCCAAAAAUCUUCCUACUUAUCCGGGGCCAAACAAGAUGAGGGAUUGCUACUGUACUGUAAACCUGGACCAGGAAGAGGUUUUCAGGACCAAAAUAGUGGAGAAAUCACUAUGUCCCUUUUAUGGAGAAGAUUUUUACUGUGAAAUUCCUCGGAGUUUUCGGCACCUGUCCUUUUACAUUUUUGAUAGAGAUGUAUUCAGGAGGGAUUCCAUCAUAGGAAAAGUGGCCAUACAGAAGGAAGACCUCCAGAAGUACCAUAAUCGGGAUACUUGGUUUCAGCUGCAGCACGUUGAUGCUGAUUCAGAAGUCCAGGGAAAGGUUCAUCUUGAGAUGAGGCUGAGUGAAGUCAUUACGGACACUGGUGUCAUUUGCCAUAAACUUGCUACCCGAGUUCUAGAGUGCCAAGGCCUUCCAAUAGUGAACGGACAGUGUGACCCUUAUGCCACAGUAACCUUAGCAGGACCAUACAGAUCAGAAGCAAAAAAGACAAAAGUGAAAAAGAAGACCAACAACCCCCAUUUCGAUGAAGUAUUUUAUUUUGAGGUGACCAGACCUUGUAGCUACAGCAAAAAGUCCCAUUUUGACUUUGAAGAAGAGGAUGUUGACAAACUUGAGAUUAGGGUUGACCUGUGGAAUGCCAGUAAUUUGAAAUUUGGAGAUGAAUUCCUAGGAGAACUGAGGAUUCCUCUAAAAGUUCUCCGACAGUCCAGUUCUUAUGAAGCAUGGUAUUUCCUACAGCCCAGAGAUAAUGGCAGUAAGUCCUUGAAACCUGGUGACCUGGGUUCGCUGAGGUUAAAUGUGGUUUAUACUGAAGAUCAUGUGUUUUCCUCAGAUUAUUACAGCCCUCUUCGAGACCUCCUGCUCAGAUCUGCUGAUGUCGAGCCUGUCUCCGCAUCUGCAGCCCAUAUUUUGGGAGAAGUGUGUCGGGAAAAGCAUGAAGCAGCAAUCCCACUCGUGCGCCUCUUCUUACACUAUGGCAAGAUUGUGCCUUUCAUCAGCGCCAUCGCCAACGCAGAAGUGAAGAGGACUCAAGACCCAAAUACCAUUUUCAGAGGAAAUUCUUUGACGUCCAAAUGUAUUGAUGAGACGAUGAAGCUGGCAGGGAUGCAUUAUCUGCAAGUUACAUUAAAGCCAAUUAUUGAGGAGAUAUGCCAAGUCCACAAAUCUUGUGAAAUUGAUCCAGUAAAAUUAAAAGAUGGAGAGAACCUGGAAAACAAUAUGGAAAACCUGAGGCAAUAUGUUGAUCGCAUUUUCAAUGUUAUCACAAAAUCUGGGGUAAGCUGCCCAACCGUCAUGUGUGAUAUUUUCUUUUCACUGAGAGAAUCAGCUGCCAAACGAUUCCAAGGUGAUCUGGAUGUGAGAUAUACUGCUGUGAGCAGCUUUAUUUUCCUGAGAUUCUUUGCUCCUGCCAUCCUUUCACCAAACCUUUUCCAGCUCACUCCUCAUCAUACGGACCCACAGACUUCUAGAACCCUGACGCUUAUCUCAAAGACUAUACAGACCCUGGGCAGUUUAUCCAAAUCCAAAUCUGUAAGUCUCUUAGCUUGUUUUUCUAGUUUAUUGAGAGCCUUUUGCUUUCUAAAAAUAGAUGUAGCUAAUAAUAUGGCAUCAAGACAAAGAAUCAAUCAUGACACUCUUUUUGAAUUUUCUACAGAGGCUUGUGGCAGUAAAUCUGUCUACGAUGGACCCGAGCAGGAAGAGUAUUCAACAUUCAUCAUUGACGACCCUCAGGAAACUUAUAAAACACUAAAGCAAAUCAUAGCAGGUGUUGGUGCUUUAGAACAGGAGCACGCCCAAUACAAAAGGGAUAAAUUCAAGAAGACAAAAUAUGGGAGCCAAGAACAUCCCAUCGGAGACAAGAGCUUCCAGAGUUACAUCCGACAGCAAUCCGAGAUUUCUGCGCAUUCCAUUUAGACUUGGAAGGAUGGCCCAGGAUGGAGCAGUAGGAUUGGAGGAGGGAAGCUGAGAUCUUGGAAGAAGAAAAUAAACAAGUCCACAAAGACGAAGCAAGCAAGGAAAGGGAUCCGCAUGUCCGAAAAUGUGUAGAUAACCAGCCGAGCUUACGGAACUUUUUUGAGACUUACUGUUCUUCCCUCUCUCUGAGAACGGUUAGAAUAGCGGCUACGCACUUUAUUCACCUGGUAUUGGCCAGGCGACCGAACUCUGCCUCCCUGGCAUGUUUGUGGUCAUUGUUUGAAUUUGCCUCAGUCCCUUGGGAAUCUAGAGAUCAGUUCAAUGAUCGAGACUGCGUGGGCUUCGCCUUGACAAAGCUCCUUCAGUCCACCGCCUUUGGGAAGCCAAGCCUGCUGCUGUGGACUUCGUUGAGAGGCAGCAGUAUUUUUAGAGCUGUGUAUUUUUUUUGUUUCACGUGCAGUUUUGCUGUUCCCCGUGACUGUACAGUAUUCCACCCACCUGUGUAGUCCCUUAGGAAAUGCUUUGUAACACUCCGCUUUUAACACGUUCAGUGAAGUUAAGAAGAUCCUUUCUUCUCUUCUUCCUUCUUCUUUCUUCUUUCUUCCUUCUUCCUUCUUCUUCUUUCUUCCUUCUUCUUUCUUCCUUCUUCCUUCUUCCUUCCUUCCUUCCUUCCUUCCUUCCUUCCUUUCUUCCUUUCUUUCUUCCUUCCUUCCUUCCUUCCUUCCUUCCUUCCUUUCUUCCUUUCUUUCUUUCUUUCUUUCUUUCUUUCUUUCUUUCUUUCUUUCUUUCUUUCUUUCUUUCUUUCUUUCUUUCUUUCUUUCUUUCUUUCUUUCUUUCUUUCUUUCUUUCUUUCUUUCUUUCUUUCUUUCUUUCUUUCUUUCUUUCUUUCUUUCUUUCUUUCUUUCUUUCUUUCUUUCUUUCUUUCUCUUUCUUUCUUUCUUUCUUUCUCUCUCUCUCUCUCUCUCUCUCUCUCUCUCUCUCUCUCUCUCUCUUUCUUUCUUUCCUUCUUUCUUUCUUUCUUCUUUUCUUCUUUCUUCUUCCUCUUCCUCUGAAGUAGCCUGUCAUUGUGUAGUAUGUAGGGGGCAGGCUGGAGAAAAGGGUCUCUCGUGGGUUGUUUUUAAGCUGAAUAAUCAGUUUUGUGGCUGUAACAUGCAAACUUUCAUAGAAAUCCAGAUCCGAGGGUACUCUUGAUAUUUUUGAGAUACAGAGUUUCUUCUGCAGAUACCUAGCAAAGCCCACAGCUUUUUUGCCCAAGUCGGUUCAGAGCCAACUUCAAAAAUUCCAGCAAGUGUCCUGGAGGUGGGAAGUGAUAGGGAAUCCUAGUAUCCUCGCCAAGUCCUUUACAGUGUCUGCCUUGGCAGUGACGGGCAUCACUGCAAGACUGGCUGCUCCUGAACGGGCCACACUGUAGAAGAUGGGAAGCAUCUGCUGGUAGCUUCUGGUUUAAAGGGUCUGCCUUGCUUCCAGCAGAACAAUGUGCUCACACGGGACUGGCACGAGAUCCAAACUGAGAGCUACAGCGUUAGUUUUCCCCCCAAUAUUUAAAACCAGGAUCCAUACUGUUGGCACCAUUUUGGGGACUUGGGAGGAAUUUUAAAAAAAGAUAUAUACAUUUUCAAGCAGUUUUUAUUAAUGUUUUUAAAGACAGUUUUUUAAACAAACUCUUUGCUAAAAAAAAAAAAAGAUGUAACAGUGUUCCAGCAUCAGAACCUAUUCAGUAGUCCAUGGAGAGGAGCAGUGUGGCAGUUUUAUUUUUUUUAAUACACUUAUGAUUUCCUCCUGGAGAGGAACUUCCUCUACCAAUGUAGACAACACCUUCUUUCCAAAUUGUAGUCUUAGAGAGCUUCCUGAGUCAAAACAGGGCAAAGUGACCUUAGAAUCAGGGUCAGACAGCCAACAUGCAUGAGAAACAAGACUUGAACCCAAGUCUCCCAGAGUCCGAGGCCAGCUCUCCAUCCACUAUGAGUACGGCAGUAAAGAGGGAUAAAUAAACUAUGUAUCUCACUAAUACCAAUAAAGGUUGUUUGGAAGGGGGGAAAAAUCCAAUUAUUGAACAAUACUUGGACACUGGAGUGCCAAAACUUUGUUCUGCCAGUUCCUACCGAAGGUCUUUUGCCCUCGCCGCCCUAAGUCCUCUUCAAAGACUCCUCAGAGCCUUCGCCACGGUUUCUUGGGCAGCUCUCGCCGGGCAGGGGGGUAGAUGGGCCAAGUCGGACCAGAAACAAAACAAACCCACGCGAAUGAAAACCUCUUCCUCUUCCUAUCAAGCCCAUUUGCUAGAGCAUUUAAAAGCCGGCGCCCUCCAUGGGUUGGCAACGUGCUGAUGUGGCUGGCUGGUUUUUGCAAGGCUCUGUUUUCAUAGUACGGUGAUGUUCACGUCAUAAUUUCUCUCUGUUCUUGUUUGGAAAUAGCGUAGCUCAGACUCUUAACUUAGGUGGGGGAAAUGGUUACUUUUUUGUCAUCACAGAAAUAGUGGAGGGUGGGUAGUAAAAUGUUGCAGAAAAUCAAAUUUGGGGCACACAGCAAUUAGGCAGCCACUGAACUGCAAUUUUUAACAUGGGUUUAUAACUUAAUAUUCUGUUUAUAAAAUACUAAUGAUCUGCGAUGUAUUUUACUUGCCAAUUAAAACAAAGGUUUUAUUCUUUCUGAAAAUGGGCUUCAGGUUUUCACUAGAAUGGCCCUGAUGAUUUCCUUUGCAAUGGUGUUUCUGGUUGUGAGGAAAGAGGAGCAGCUGUUGUCAGAUUUCAUCCAAGCAGUAGAAAAUGGACUUGGAUGUUGGUCUCGGGUGGAACUCCAACGGGUGAUCCGUAAGCCCAGGUGGUGACAUGGAGUCGAGGAACCUAGGAUAGAAAUCGUGACCCAGUAGGACUUCGUGUGGCCGUGUGUUAGUCCCCUUGAAAGAGAAGAAAGCCAGGGGCCGUGAAAAGCAGGAGCACCAGAGCAGGGGCAGUGUAAGCUUCAGAUGACUCCCAAGGAGGGAACGGCAAGAUAAGAGCGCGGCUGGCACCGUAAGAUGCUGCCACCGCGCCUCCCGUGUUGCUCUCCGGAGCCAGCCAUACUCUGGGACAUUUUCUUUUAUUUAUGUAUAAAUAGAUUUUCACAUGGCACGUGCCUAUUCCUAGUAAAAGUCAAUGUUCACUUAUCUACUUCACACGAUUUCCUGGAAAUCACUGGCUUCUUUUAAGCCCCCGCCUUCCAUCCUACAAUCAAGGCAGAACACAAAGGGAACAAGGAGGAUGGAGGGAGAGAGGGUGGAGAGAUUGUUCUUGCCCUCCUUCCUUUUGGGGGGAAGAUAGCCAAGUCCUUUCUCCUUGACAGAGGGAGUUUGUCUCCUCGGAGAAUGGUUCUGGGAGAUGGAGGACAAGACUAGAAGGGGAAGCCCUAGUAAGAUGACACACUGCCCCCCUUGAGAUCCAAUCUCUUCUGCCUCUGGUUUCCUCCGGGACACCAACUGCCAGUUCCCUUCAGGAUCCUGGGGCUACACCACUACCAAGGAGAGAUGUCUAUUCCUUGGGUUUGGCAGUUGUGGAUCACUGGAAUCCAGAGCUUAACCCCCUCCUUUUAGGGAGAGGUAUGACCUCCCCAAAUCUUUAGCCCCCUUUAUUAUUGCUAGAAACUGACCCAGACCUAAAUCUAGAGUAACAGAUGAUUUAUUUGGGUUCAAACAGGGAAGGGGAAUCAAGUGGGUAAAAGGGUGAACAGGAAGCCCUACUACUUGUCCCCUCUGGCAAAUUGGCCCUCCAAAGUUUAGGGGUUCAAGGCUUUCCCAGCCUUGAUCCCUCUUCUUGUCCACUGUCAGAUGACCCCUACUCCUAAGCUAACUAGCUUGAACACAGGAGUCCAGGAACAAGACAAAGGGAGGGAGAGAGAUAGAGAGGGAGAUCCUUGAAAAAGGAUCUUUGGAUGGCUUUCUUCAAAUGCCCACAAUAUCCACUGGUGGCUUUGAUUGCUGUUAUUAAGAGUUCAGUGAGAGGUAUCCAGGAGGUCAAAAACAGGUAGUUCAUCUCCAGAGAGAGACAGCUUCUUCCCACAGGCUCCCAGCUGGAAGAAGUGUGAAGUGAGGUGGUUUGUUGUGCUUCUCAGCUUCGCAUUCUCUUCUGGAACCUUUAGUUUUUUCUUCUUGCUCCUCCCUCACUCUCUCUGCAGCUAUCUCUGUCAGAGACUACCCUCUGCUCAAAGUGGACUAUCUCUUUUCCUAUCUUACAGUGGUCAGGGCUAGACAAUGAGGGUCAAGUGACUUGCCCAGGGUCACCCACCUAGGAAGUCUCUGAAACCAGAUUAUGAGCCCAGAUGCUCCCAUCUCCAGGUCUUGUUCUCUAUUCACUGAGCCACCUAACUGAGCUCCUUCCUCACUACCAUUUCUUUAUAUUUGCUUUUUCCCUACACCCUUUCUCAUCAUUUUAUGAAGUAAUGACUGUCUAGAGUCUUCUAGGAAAAUCCUCCUCCAGGAGAUUUUCCAGAUCAGUUUCUACUUAAAUCCAGAGUUGCAUUUUUAUUCUGUAUUUCUUCACAGGACAAGAUCAUCUGCUUUCUGGCUGAGGAAGUUUCUAGACCCCUCUGGUCUUUAAACAGAGGUUGCUUUACUUGGUUAAACUUAAUUAAAAACAGCAAGAGUC